AUGGACAACGAAGGGGCCAAUCCACCAGGCUGUCCAUCCAAGUUCAGGCCAAUCAUUGUCACCAACAGGGACAGCGAGGGGGAUCCCCUUUCUCCGGGUCGCGAGACACUGAAGAAGUGGCUUGGUCGAAAGAUCCGCGUGGUGCUGCGGAACAAGCUCGUCUUGAUCGGCAUCUUCAGCUGCACCGAUCACGACGAGAACCUGGUGCUCUUCGAUUGUGGCACCUUUGUAUCGGAAAGCGAGCAGCCAAUUUCGGUGGGGAAAGUCAUGGUGCCGGGACAUCAAAUAUCAACUGUGGCCGUCGAAAUGCAAUCGGAUGAGCCAGAGACGCAAGAGCCACUGGUGGAGAAAUAA